AUGACUAUUCUCUCAGGGACCACCGCCGCUCCUCGCGUUAACGGCACCAUCAUGAACGGGCACUCGAAACCGCACACCAAUGGUGUUCACCUCAAUGGGCACGCACCGAAAGCGACCACGGAGAGCCCAUGGCCACAGUCCGAGGAGAAGACGCUACUAGACAAGUUCGUCGAGGCAUAUUACGAAUUCGAGUCGUACAAAAGUGGCCAGACUGUGAAGGUCGAUGGCAAGACGCUGUCACUAGCGGGUGUGGUCGCGGCCGCACGCCAUCACGCCAAAAUAUCACUCGACGACUCCGCCAGCAUCAAGGACAAGGUCGUCAAGAGCCGAAAGGUCAUUGCCGAUAAAGUUGCUUCAGGCGCCAGUGUAUACGGCCUGAGUACAGGAUUUGGCGGUAGUGCUGAUACGCGAACUGACCAGCCCCUAAGCCUGGGACACGCUCUUCUCCAGCACCAGCAUGUCGGUGUCCUCCCAUCUUCUUCGCAACCCCUCGAUGUCCUUCCCCUUUCCGACCCAAUGAGCGCGACGAGCAUGCCCGAAGCUUGGGUUCGUGCUGCAAUGCUCAUUCGCAUGAACUCUCUUAUCCGCGGCCACUCUGGCGUGCGCUGGGAGCUCAUCGAGAAGAUAGCAGAAAUCUUCGAUGCCAAUAUCACCCCCGUCGUCCCCCUUCGCAGCAGCAUCUCGGCCUCCGGUGAUUUGUCUCCGUUGUCAUAUAUCGCUGGGACAGUUGUGGGCAACCCGUCAAUCCGUGUAUUCGACGGGCCUGCAGCGUUUGGUGCCAGAGAGAUGGUCCCAUCAGCGAAAGCCCUCGCAAGCCACGGCAUCGACCCCCUUCCCCUUGCAUCCAAGGAACCUCUUGGUAUCCUUAACGGUACCGCGUUCUCCGCAGCUGUAGGCGCGUUGGCGUUGAACGAAGCUGUUCAUUUUGCCAUGCUCGCUCAGGUGUGCACGGCCAUGGGAACGGAGGCCCUAGUAGGCACCCGUCUCUCCUUCGAGCCUUUCAUCCACGCGACCUGCCGACCGCACCCUGGACAGAUCGAGGCUGCCCGUAAUAUCUACAACUUGCUUGAAGGGACGACAUUUGCCUCGGUGCACCACGAGGAAGUCCAUAUUGCUGAGGACCAGGGGACUCUCCGCCAGGAUCGUUACCCCCUCAGAACCUCUCCCCAGUUCUUGGGCCCGCAACUCGAAGAUAUCCUCCACGCAUACGUCUCCGUCACGCAAGAAUGCAACUCCACCACCGACAAUCCUCUCAUCGACGGCGAGACUGGUGAGAUCCACCAUGGAGGAAACUUCCAGGCGAUGGCUGUGACCAACGCCAUGGAGAAGACGCGUCUUGCCCUCCACCACAUCGGAAAGCUCCUGUUCGCCCAAUGCACGGAACUGGUUAACCCAGCGAUGAACAACGGCCUCCCUCCCUCCCUUGCCGCCACCGAUCCAUCUUUGAACUACCACACGAAAGGUAUUGAUAUCGCAACUGCUGCGUAUGUGAGCGAACUCGGCUACCUCGCAAACCCUGUCUCAACACACAUCCAAUCCGCUGAAAUGCACAACCAAGCAGUAAAUUCUUUGGCCUUGAUUUCUGCUCGUGCCACCGUCAAUUCACUGGAUGUCCUGUCGCUUCUGAUCUCCUCGUACCUGUAUAUCCUCUGCCAAGCACUUGACCUUCGUGCACUCCAAAUGGAGUUUGUGAGGGGCGUCGAAGAAAUCAUCCGCGAAGAAUUAUCGCUCCUCUUCGCUUCAGUCGUAUCCCCAGCAGAGCUUGAGGCACUUACAUCAAAGGUCCUCUCAGCUGCUCAGACAUCACUUGACACCUCCGGCUCGAUGGAUGCUCCUGCUCGCAUGAAGAAGAUGGCCUCAACAACAACGAUACCCUUGUUCGACUUCUUGACCGAACUCACCCUGCCCGACGCCAUCUCUUCUGGAAUCGCCAUGGUCUCUAUCCCCUCCUUCCGCUCACAUCUCGCCUCCCGCGCAACUGCCCUCCUCGACCAACUCCGUCGCGAUUACCUCUCCGGACAGCGCGGCGCUGCCCCAGCUAGUCCAUACCUCAACAAGACACGCAUGGUCUAUGAAUUUGUCCGAUUAACUCUUGGAGUUAAAAUGCACGGCAGCGAGAACUAUACCAGGUUUGCGAAGGGCUUGGGCGUCGAGGAUGAGACUAUUGGACAGAACAUCUCGCGCAUACAUGAGGCUAUCCGUGAUGGAAAGAUGCAAGCCAUUACGGUAGCGAUGUUCGCGUAG